AUGUCGUUACUUCGUUUAAAGCAAAUCUUACGGGCCCACUUUAAAGAAAAAUCUGGAACAGAAAUGUAUCAAGAAUUAACUUCACUAUGUCAAGGCCCAAAGGAGUCGGCACAGGACUUCUUAAUAAGAGCUAUGAACCUUCGUCAGCAAGUAAUAUUUGCAUCUCAAGCGGACGAUAGUGUUGUCAAGUAUGAAAAAUCACUGGUACAAUCUCUAUUCUUGCAUGUUGUUGAGACAGGGAUGCAGCAAGAAUCAAUACGGGCUAAGUUACGUCCUUUCUUGGAAAAACCUGGAGUUAUUGACGAGGAAUUAAUGGAAAGAGUUAAUGUUGCUGUGUCGGCAGAAACGGAGCAACAAAACAAGAUGGCUGGAGUCAAUAAAGGUGCUCAAGUUAAUCAAGUGGUGACUAACCAGGAACCUGGUAAUUGGGCAAGUCAAAACGACAGUGAAGACCCUGCCAUUAAGAAAAAAAGCACAAAGUCGAAGACGAAUUUGACAGCCGAAGAUAAAGCAAGUUGA